AUGGAAGUGAACAAAUCUCUUGGAAAGAAACACCCUGACAGCACGGCCACCUCAGACAACCACGAUGGCUGCUCCGUCGUCGCAGAGCACACGCAGGAGGUACCAGUGAGCUUUGGUCUCCUGUCCCUCACAGGCCUAGGCAUCAUCAUCGGAGUUGUCUGGCCUGCAUCCGGCGGUUCAAUCCAAGUUGCUAUCUUCAAUGGCGGAUCCCCAGGUGUUCUAUACGAAUUCAUAGUUGUAUCUUUCUUCUACUUCUUCGUCGCUGCAUCCCUCGCCGAGCUCGCCAGUGCCAUGCCUUCCAGCGCAGGCGUAUACUACUGGGCCUCAGUCACUCCAGGCAAACGAUAUGGUCGUGCCGUCGGAUUCUUCGCCGGCUGGUGGAAUUAUCUUGGUUGGAUUUGCGCUGGUGCAAGCAUGGCUGCUAUAUGGAGCAACAGCAUCAUCCAGAUCUACGCAUUGAAACAUCCCGACUACAUCGUCAAAGAAGUUCAUGUGUUUGUGGUCUUUGUCAUCUCCACAUGGCUGGCCUGCUUUUCGGUCUGCUUCGCUGGUCAGGCAAUGCCUCUUCUAAAUCAGUCCGGCAUCUACUGGCUUCUGAUCGGCCUGCUUAUCACAAUCGUGGUUCUUGCAGCUGUACCUCUUCGAAGCGGAGGAAGUGGCCAUGCGACUUCAUCCUUUGUGUGGCUUGAGUGGCAAGCAGACCUCGGAUACCCAAACAUCAUCGUAUUUCUCUGCGGCAUGCUGAACGGCGCUUACAGUGUUGGUUGUCCUGCAGCUGUAAGUCAUCUAGCUGAGGAAAUACCCCGUCCGCAAAGAAACGUGCCUCUUGCGAUGGGCCUUCAGGUUAUUACGGGAUUCAUCACGGGCUUCUCUUAUCUGAUCCCUCUCAUGUAUUCCAUCCACAGCUACGACAGGAUCUUUGCGAGUCAAUUUCCCCUUGCCGAGAUUUACCUUCAAGCAACGGGAUCAGCUGAUGGGACGAUUUGUCUACUCGUGCUUAUGCAAACAUGCAUUGGCCUAACCAUCAUCGGUCUUUACAUCACAUGUGGACGAACCUUGUGGACAUUGAGCCGGGACGGAGCAACGCCAUGGCCAUCGGUAUUUUCCAACUUCAACACAAAGUUUGACGCACCAAUCAAUGCCACCAUGGCCUCUGCGGUGCUCGUCACCUUAAUGGGAUGCAUUUAUGUGGCAAGCAAGACAGCAUUCAACGCUAUCAUCGGAUCCUAUGCCGGAGAAAUGUUGUUUAUGGGCCGAUACGAAUGGGGAGAAAGCUGGGCCUUGUUGUAA